AUGGACGGGGAGAACCAAUUUGCGAACUACAAAGGAGAUGUGCUAGACGCCAUCGAUGCGCGCUUCGAUGACCUCGAAGACAAUGUCGCCGUAUUGCAGGAUGCCGUGGCCACACUGCAGCGGAUCAUUGCCGAAAAUGGUGCGCCCUCACUAUGUCGCAUUGAUGUGGACGCAACAUACACAUCGGAAUUCACAUCCCCAUCUCCACUAGGACCUGCAAUAACGGCAAAAAGAGAGUCCGAGGUGACCAAUGAGGUCUCCGGCGUAGCCAACAUCCGAUCUUCUUCUUUCUCACCAGGGUCGCCCAACACGGACAAGUCGGACGGUCGUGUAAGCGGCCGAAGGAUCACGCAACUGAUUGCCAGCGAAGUGAAAGACGUUGAUGAGUCCAUCUUGAACAAUCAGACACAGGAGUACUACACCUUUGGCGAGUCGACCUGGGACCUCUUCAUGUUCAUCGGUACCGGGGCAUUGGGUCCUUUCGGCUCCUUCCAGACCUUCCUUCUUGCGGUGGUGAAUGUCGCCAUGCAGAUUGUCUUCGUAGGUAUCGCCUACUUCAACUUCAUCGACCCGGAGAUCGACGAAACAACGGUUCAGGAUGCGACACGCUGGCGGCGCUCAGCAGGCCAUUCCCUCAGCUCCUAUGAUGAGGUGUCACGCUCUUCCCUGGCGGAGCGGGUGUGUUCCCUGGACAAGUCCUUGCAGGAGUCCGGCAUCCAGAUGGCCCUCUAUGAGCACAUCGGAAAGUACCUGAAGCCAGAUGCCGAGGGCUUUGAGGCCUUCUUCACGGGCGAGCUGCUCUGCAUCGUUGCCUUGGUCUGCUGGUACCUCAUGGUGGCCAAGGAGGUGAGCCACGCCUUGGCUUUGCACCGCUCGGUCUCGGCCUUGCCUCGGGGGCCGACGACCUUGGACACCCGGGAAAACCCCUUUACGAAAGUCACGCACUACCGUUUGAAGGCCAUGGGCGGAAGGAGAAAGGCCGUAUCCUUCUUGCUACUCCUCUAUCGCCUCUUCUCCGCUGCUGUCUUGGUCUAUGUGGGCACCUUCUUUCUGGUCUACACCGUGGACGUCACGGAGCUUAUCCUCAAUGCAGUUGCUUUGGGCAUCAUCCUGGACAUCGAUGACCUGCUUUUCGAUGCUCUAGCCACCACACCUGGACGACAUUUGGUCCAUCAGCUCGACCCAUUACUUAUGCCAUCCCUGCCGCGAUGGCGCGGUGCCGAUUCGAAGUCAUUGUUCAUGACUUUUGUCAUUCCCACCUUGCUCUUGGUCGUGUACGCCACCAUGCUUCAGCCAAUGGUGGGCAGCCUCAUGGAGGUUCAGACUGCGAUGUGCGGAGGGCAGACAAGUUUUGUGUGGAUGCAGGAUCAGCGCCGGAUCAUGUUGAUGGCGCCAACCUUUGGCGGUGGGUGGGAGGUUGAUGAUGAAAGCGUGAAGACGAUUGCUGUCGGGGAGGCUGAGAGGAUAGGUGUUGAUCUAGAGCAGAACGACACAAGAUAUGGGAUCUGGUUUACCGACGUUGCACUUCUUGCAACUUCAGCAACUCGAACUCUGGAUGAGAUCUUGGAUGCAGAGAAUCCAGGUUGUGGUGACGUUGGCAACGAGGGCAAAAUGUUGAACUACCUGCAGUUUUUCUUGAAAGACGACAGCAUCCGCAACUGCAGUGAUGCCAAGCGUUACUGCACCUCCAUCACCAAGCUGCCCACUUACGAGGGUGAUGGAGGUGUAGGAUUCGUCACUCGCAUGCUGUGUCCAGAGACAUGCGGUUGCACCACUCCGGCUGGUGAGUUCAUGAAUGUCCAGGGUUGCUCAUAUGGCGCUACGUCCCGCCCGUGCCAGUUGCACAACACCUGGAGGGCUGUUCGUAGAGAGAGUGUCUGCAGGGAGAGAAGUGCAGCAGAGCUUCGUGAUUUGCCUCAGUGGGCGGCCUGGGUUGAGCAGCUUCGUUUGUACUCCCGGUCAGAGGCAGACCUGAAGGGCAGAGCGGAAGCUGAGAAACUCGCACAGGCCAUGUGGGACUACGGAUGCCAAUUUGGAGCGAACUUGACAGCGGAGGGCAUCGACUACGGAAGCUGCACGACUUGGAACACGAACGUCUUUGAGUUCGAGAUGAAGACGUUGGAGAACAUCUGCCCUGAGACCUGCACGUGCAACACAAACAAGAGGACCACAGCAUGUCCCAGACCUCAAGGGCGGACCUGCGAAAACAUGGAGGACUGCCUCUGGUAUCAGGAAAGGCACUGGUGCCCCACCAUCACGGAUGCUGUGGACGGAACCUUCGUGGGUGAGAUCCUCAAUCUCACCGUGGCACAGGAUCAUUGGGCCUCGGUGCUGCUGGGGCUCCAGCAGACCUUUGCUGAGAUCGCUGGAAAUGGGAUCGAGGCUGGUAUGGUUCAUCUCAUCACGAACUUCCCAGAAGAAAGGAGACUUUCAGAAGGGCGUGAGCUCCAACUCGCGCUUUCAGGCAGCGCUAGCAUCUUCUUGAUUCCCGACGGCUUGGUCAGGAACGCCAUCCGAAACAUCGUGUUCGCAGUUUCUAUCGAAGAUUUGAACUCUUUGCUGAUGGCAAAGCUUGCGAAUCUCUCGGUCCCUGAGCUCGGAAUGUCUCUGAGCAGCUUCGUUCGGGCCUAG